GACUUCCAUCUUGGCCCCGCGUGUGUUCGCUCCCUGUGUGCAGGUCAGUGCGGAGUCGUAAAAUACCGCUUUUCCUGCACAAUCACACCCAACUCGGACGGAACAAGAUGAAAGAAACAAUUAUGAACCAGGAGAAACUCGCCAAACUGCAGGCACAGGUCCGCAUUGGUGGAAAGGGUACAGCACGCAGAAAGAAGAAGGUGGUGCACAGAACAGCUACUGCAGAUGACAAGAAGCUUCAGUUUUCCUUGAAGAAAUUGGGUGUCAACAACAUAUCUGGCAUUGAGGAGGUGAACAUGUUCACAAACCAGGGAACAGUGAUCCACUUCAAUAACCCAAAAGUGCAGGCGUCUCUGGCUGCCAACACCUUCACCAUCACGGGGCAUGCUGAGACCAAGCAGCUGACCGAGAUGCUGCCCAGCAUCCUCAACCAGCUGGGGGCCGACAGUCUGACCAGCCUCAGGAGACUCGCAGAGGCCCUGCCCAAGCAGUCUGGUGAUGCAAAAGCACCAAUUGCUGGCGGAGAGGAAGACGAUGAUGAAGUUCCAGAUCUUGUGGAGAAUUUCGACGAGGCUUCGAAGGAUGAGGCGAACUAAAAGAAACCGGGUUCAGAUUUGAAAUGGGGUUCACAACUUGACCUGGCAGUGUGAGGCUACUGUUUUGUAUUGGCCACCUUUCUUUGUGAAUGUUUUUUUUAAAUGUACUGUACCCGUGUCCAUUUGGAGUAUCCAGAUUCUCUAUAAUACACUGUUUUUUGGGGUCCUGCAUCUUUGCUGCUAUUACUGCAUUAAUGAAUCCAACAACUUUGCAGCCUGGUUGAGAUGAACACAUCUGGAAUAAAUAUUUACUUUUGACAAAUGCUUAUUAAAAAUUCUAUCCUACCA